AGUAAUGAAGAUCAUAUCUCUAAUAGGAACAAUGCAAUUGGCACAAUUUCAAUUGAGCAUGCACACGUUUCACGUGCAUUACGAAACAAGCCAUUGGUUGCAAAUUCAACGAACAAGAUUCGAGAUGCCAGAUCUGAUUGUUAUUCUUACCACAUUGGUCAAUAGCAAUCUAAUUGGUCAGCAUGCGAAGGAUAAGCAUUUCCCAACCAGGAAUUUAGCCAUUGAAAAUACGCUUACACGAAUCCAACCUGGUUUUAGUGGUGUUGCAGUGAACAUUUGAUAAAUUACGAAAGAGCCAGGCAAAUGAGACGAACGCCGCGCAUAUUUUCUUAUUUCCGCAACAGUAUCACUAUCCUGUCAAAUCAAGUGAAGCCACCCUCCAAUUGCAAGUUACCGAUCUAGGUUAAGAGUUUAGUGUAGGUACGGGGGUUAAACGGAGAACCGAGUUCCAUGCAUGGUGUGUUAACGUGGUCUAACGGUUUUUUACAGGCUAAGUCAACUGCCAACCCGAGUGAAAUAGAUCAGAAUGGU